AGCCGGAAACGAAACAAGCCCGUCAUGUGAUUUUCGUCUGGUGACCGUUUCUUUUUGAGUGUGUAUUGGAGACAGCUAUUUGAUAUAGAGCCGAUUCAAAAGUAUUCAAAGAAGCGCGGCCUGGGAACGAAACCCCGGCUAACAAUGGCCGAUGAUUUGAAGAGAUACCUUUACAAACAGCUGCAGAGUGUUGAAGGUCUUCAUGCUAUCGUGGUGACAGACAGGGACGGGGUCCCAGUUAUCAAAGUUGCCAAUGACCACGCCCCUGUCCAAGCUCUGAGACCUGGCUUCUUGUCCACGUUUGCUCUGGCCACUGAUCAGGGCAGCAAGCUGGGCCUCUCCAAGAACAAGAGCAUCAUCUGCUACUACGACACCUACCAGAUCGUGCAGUUCAAUCGGUUGCCACUGGUCAUCAGUUUCAUUGCCAGCAGCAACGCCAACACAGGUCUGAUCAUGAGUCUGGAGAAGGAGCUGGCUCCACUAAUAGAGGAGCUGAGGCAGGUGGUGGAAGUGACAUAAGCUCUGACAGACAGGACCACCCUGGAUCACAUCCCCCUGCUCACCUUUUGUUCUGUAGAUAUUGGGUGCUUCUCAUCAGAGUUUAUAUGUCCAAUCAAAUGUCAAGAAGUCUGAAUAAAUGUCUUUCAGCACC